CCGGAAUUUUGUUUCUUGAUUCACACAAGCAUGGCCUGCAAUUAGAAAUUUUGGAUUUGUGACUGAGCGCAAUCAUUUUGAAAUGGCAGGAACAGACAUGGACCCUGAGGUGGCUCUGGGAUUGUUUGAAGAAGGCGCCACGCUGGUCUUACUUGGUGUUCCUGAGGGAACCGAGUUGGGACUCGAUUACAAAACCUGGACUUUGGGUCCUCGGUUCCGCGGGGUGAAGAUGAUUCCUCCAGGACUUCACUUCCUCCACUACUGCUCGGCCAACACUAAUGGCGCCUGUGGCGAGAUCGGUCCCAAAACAGGUCUGUUCCUCACCCUGAAACCACGGGAGGUGAUCGUAGCACACUGGAACGUGAGAGAAGAAGAUCUGGACUUCUCUCAGAACCCAGAUGAGGUUGAGCACAUGAGGGCCAAUCUUCAAGAACUGGAUGCAUAUUUGGGUCCCUACCCAUAUGACACCCUUCGAAAGUGGGUGUCCCUCACUGAUAGACUCAAUCAGGAGGUUGCUAGUGCACUGCAACCCCUCAGUGGUCGGGUGUGUGCCUUCAGUGAUGUGAUCCCAGAAGUGCAGCUGACCCAUACUAAAGACAGGGCAGAGCAGAAUCUUCCUCGUAAUGAUCGGGAAUGUCAGAAUAUGAAGGAGGGGUUGGACAGACUUCCUCGGAUGAAACUAAGAGAAGGCACAGAGUUGCGCUUUUCCAACAUUCCCAAACAGGCAUACCCGCCAGGCGCCACACCUGCUCAGAUCACUCAGUAUAGUAUGGAUCUGAGCUACUCUCUCAACUGCGUACUUGAGAGCCAUUAUAAAGAGCAGCCGCUCAAUGUACUAGGAGAGCUGCAGUUUGCAUUUGUAUGUUUCCUCAUUGGUAAUGUGUAUGAGGCGUUUGAGCACUGGAAGACACUACUGGCUCUGCUGUGUCGCUCUGAGGAUGCCAUGAGAGAGAGGAAGGACCUGUAUCUGGGACUCAUUGCUGUGCUCUAUCAUCAGCUGGGAGAAAUCCCUCCAGACUUCUUUGUGGAUAUCGUUUCCCAGAACAACUUUCUCACCUCCACACUGCAGGACUUUUUUCAGUUUGCCAGCAGCCCAGGGGUGGACAGCACUUUACGGAAAAGAGCUGACAAAUUUAAAGCCCAUCUGACCAAGAAGUUUCGGUGGGAUUUUGAUGCAGAUCUUGAAGAUUGUGCUCCAGUGGUGGUGGAGCUUCCAGAGGGAGUCACUGUGGACUAAAGCUGUAUCUGGGAUCAACUUCCAUACUGUGCUUGAAACUGCAUGCUUGUAAAAAAUAUUAUGCAGUGCAGUAUGUAGUUUUUACAUUUCUUUUCACAUGAACACAGCUAAUGUCUUUUCAAAUAGCAUUCAUAUCACUCCAGCAACAAAAUAUUCUCCUGUCACAGACUGAAAUGUUUUUGACCAUUGCAUUUUGUUAAAGUCAGUUGUUUCACUACUUUGUUUUCUGUUGUUUUUGUCAUUUUUGUGUUCCUGAAUACCAAAUAUCACCACUAGAGGUCAGACAGAACACGUGUUAUGUCUUUGAGUCUCUUGACAGUUCAAAUCAAAUCAAAUCACUUUAUUGUCACACAGCCAUAUACACAAGUGCAAUGGUGUGUGAAAUUCUUGGGUGCAGUUCCGAGCAACAUAGCAGUCGUGACAGUGAUGAGACAUAUACCAAUUUACAAUAACAUCAAAUUAACACAACACAAUUUAAACAUCUGAUAUACACAUAAUUACACUCAACAAUAUACAAAUAAUAACAUACACUGUACAGUAUACAGUACACACAAUAUAGAAUACACAUUAUACAAUAAAAAAAAGUAUAUAUAAAAUAUACAAUAUAUAUAAUUACAACUAUAAAAUAUAGAAGUUGCUUUGAAUUGUUGGACAUCUCCGCAUGUGUAGUUUUUCAGCAGGAAUCACUUACAACCAUGGACAGAUAAAUGGAUUCUUAUAAAAUAGAUAUAAGCUAUUAUGAACAUAUGUAGCAAUGCAGUCACGACUGUUUUGCUGCUGCCUCGGAUAUUAGGCAUUAAUGUGACAUAUGACAGGUGUGAAAGCUCAGAGGAUCCCUAGGUAGUAAAACUACAGUUAAUAUGUGGUAGCUGAUGUUUGCCAGAACUUUGCUGGAACACUAUAUUUUUGUAAUAGUAAUGCAGUUCAGUUACAUCAAUUAAGCUGAUAUACAGUUACAAUAUUGUGUUUUCAGUUUAUUAUUUCUUUAUUUGUGGGAUUGAUUUAAUUGAAGAAAUGCUAGUUAUAUGCAGUGCUGGGAGGAUUACUUAUGAAUUGUAAUCAGGUACUGAUUAUAAAUUACAUGACAAACAAUGCAAUCAGUAACGUAAUCUCAUAGAUUCGAUUUUUGUGGUAAUCUGAUCCGAUUACUUUUGGAUUACUUUCAACCUAAUUCUAUUUUAUUUUAUGACACAUGCAUUUUAGUAGGAUAAUCAUUUUAAUAUAAAAGUACAAAGAGGAAGAAAAUGUAUUCCAUUCUUUUAAAUUUUUAAAAAGUGCAUUAAACAUUACAUGAUUGAAAUAAAUAUUAAAUCUAACAGCAA